GCACAGCAACAAAGAAACCUGGACAGCAUCGUGUCCCAGCAUCCCAGGGUAAGCGGGGGGAAGAAAUCCAAGAAGGAAUUCUGUGCCAGCUCUGACCUGGAGGUGAAGAACACCAGCCCCAUGUCCGAGCAAGAUUCGGGAAUCCUGGAUGUUGAGGAUGAGGAUGAGGAUGAAGAGGUGCCUGGAGCCCAGGAUUUGGUGGAUUUCUCCCCAGUUUAUCGCUGCCUGCACAUCUAUUCUGUCCUGGGCGCCCGAGAAACCUUCGAGAGCUACUACAGGAAGCAGAGGAGAAAACAAGCCCGGCUGGUCCUGCAGCCUCCUUCCAACAUGCACGAAACCUUGGACGGCUACAGGAAGUAUUUUAAUCAAAUUGUAGGGUUCUUCGUGGUGGAGGAUCACAUCCUGCACACCACGCAGGGCUUGGUCAACCGGGCCUACCUGGAUGAGCUGUGGGAAAUGGCCUUGUCCAAAACCAUCGCCGCGCUCCGGACGCACUCG